CACCUACGCCCAAACCGAAAUGGGACAUGCACUUUUUUUCCAGAUGCUACUCCAUUGCAGCUAUACAACUUCAUGGAAAGACCCUGGUUUCAAAGAAGAAAAACAUCUUAUUCCUACUAUUAUUGAAAACGACUUUCACUUCUUCAAAUGGAAGAACGUUUAAUGGAUCAGAAAACAGUCUUUUAGCCCAGAGCCUGGAAUUAUGGUGGUUAAAUACCAGCAAGAAUAGUUUAACAACAAAAGACUCCUGUGCUUGUGCUGGCACCUAAACUUGGAAAGCAUGAUAUGUACAAGUCUGGACAAUUGCAAAAGUUAGAUGGUAAUGCCAAUUGCCUGGCUGUUCAGUUACAGCUACUUAUGGUAGCUGAAGUGUUUGUAGAAGAUGCAAUAGAGGAAGUUCUGUCAUCUGUUCUACUUGAGGGAGAUGGAGUGAGCAAACCUAGCUCAACACCAGAAGCUGAGAGACAACUGGAUGGCAACAAUAAAUGCCUGCUGACCUUGUUUGCUUUUUCACACCAACUUCUUUAAAUCAGACACACAUCCACACCGAAGUGAUUUGUUUUACUUGCUAUUUCACAUUAGAUCAUUGCACUUUCUUGCCUGGUGAUGGUCUGGUUUACUUAUAAUUCUCGUGGUGUUUGAUGGUAAAAUUAGUAUUUUGACACUUAAUAGAACUAAUAUGGUGAUAGUAUGGUAAAGUAAAUAUGCUUUCCAUGCUGAAUAAUUAAAAUGCAACUGUUUGGCAUUCCUGCUGUGAAUGUUGACUAAUUGUCAUUAAGCUCUACUUAAUUUAAGCAGAGCUUAAAUUUAAGCAAAAUAAAAAUCCUGAUGCUUAGAAACUGGUGAUGGGGAAAGAGACCUCUGGAUUAUUGAAUUGAAUCCUAGCCUUCAUGGGUAGUUACUCAGUUUUAUCUUGGCGAGUACCUACUUGAUGGCCUGUGUUGAUUUUAACCUAUUCCAUAGUGAAUAAGUCUCGAAAAAAUAAAAGAAGGAAAAAGCACGAGUAGCACAGGGCUGAAAAGUAAGCAAAAAUAAGUAAUGAAAAUACUGUACUGUUUCUACCUGAUUUAUAGCUAUUGCUAGUAAAUAAGGAUUUUCUUUCAGUCUUUGACUGUCAGCUGUGUACUUCUCACCAGUACUGAAUUCACUUAAAAUCUGGUAUUCCUGAUAACUCAUUAGCCCCCUGUUGAGCUUGGUCAUUGUUAGUCAAAAAGCUUAGAAAACAUUUCUACUGGGUUUAUUAGUUGGUUGAAUUUAUUUGUAGGUGCCUGAGAAUAUCAAGGAAAAGAACUACAGUUCUUAAGAAGCUCUAGGGAUAGAGCUAGUUCAUAGUAAUGUGUGUUUAGAGGUAAUGCAAGAAUGCAUUCUUCCCACUUUGAUAAGAAUGCCAACUGAGUUUGAGCUAAGCUCAGAUCAGUGCUCUUUCCAUAAUGCAUAUCUCAUAUAUUCCUGUUAAAGACCAAUUACAUUAUUUCAUACACAAAUGGGCCAGAUGGACAACCUUUGUAGAGAAGGUACUGAUCCUCAGUCUAUAUCCCCAGUAUUUUAAUACUGAAAGUUAUCAAUAUUUAAAGAUUUAACAAGCAUUUAAUUCUUUAUAUUGAAAAACUUAAUAGACCACUUAACAAUCUAACAGUGGUGUUUGACAGAACUUGGAGGAAGAGUAGUUCUAAUGAAACAUAUUUAAUUGGAGAGACUUUGUGCUGGUGAUGCGCAGGUUGAAAAAUGUUGGCUUUCUUUCCAAGUUGUUUAUGUUCACAGCUUUGACUUACGCAUACAGAGCACUGUCCUUUUAAGAGAGCUUUUAAAAAUAGUAGAAGUUGAAGGGAGUUGAGUUAGAAUGUAAUAUACACUAGCUGUGUCUGAUCUUUAAUAAAUAAAGUAGUGAAGUAGAUAGUACAGACAGUUAGGACUUUCCUUUUUUAAAAAAAGAAAGUUCAGAGAAAACCUAGCUCAUUCAGCUGGAUAAACUGGGACUUUUACCAGGUUCUACCCUCAAACCAUGGCGGGGGGGGAGGGGGGAAGUAGACUUCAUAUCUUUGGGUGAAGGCUUGCUUCAGCCAGCCAGAUCACAUCUCAACAGACAUUCUGACUCAGCCUGUUUAACUUAGGGAUGCUCUGGUUUCCAAACCAUAGUGAAGGUCUGGUCUGUGGUUUGGAUUAAUCCUUUUUUUAAUCAAUCAUGGUAUGUAAAAAAUAUGGGAAUAUUGCAAAUGCAUUUUAUGUCUGGUUAGAAAGAAAUGCAUUGCAGCAUGUUUAUUUCAGACUAAGUGUAAUUUCUUACUAUUCAGGCCUGAGAAAAGGACAGUGCUCUGGCUUUCUAAAAUACACGUGCUGAAUUCUGAUUUACACAUGAAUAAUUUUUUUUUCUUUUUGUCUCUUCCUGAAUCUCCACCAUGAAUCCUCAUGCUUGCUUCUCUCCCAUAACAUUCCCUUCACGCUCCCAUCCCAUGACACUUCUUUCACAGCUUUGUUCAUCGUGGACGGCCUGAGCCUCUGGACCUUCAUCUGGGCAUGUUCCUCCCCACCCUUCUCACCCAGGCAACCCCAGAGCAGCAGGAUCGCUUCUUCAUGCCUGCCUGGAACCUGGAGAUCAUUGGCACUUAUGCCCAGACUGAAAUGGGCCAUGGAACUCAUCUUCGGGGUCUAGAAACUACAGCUACUUAUGACCCUGCUACCCAGGAAUUCAUCCUCAACAGCCCCACUGUGACCUCCAUUAAGUGGUGGCCAGGCGGACUUGGAAAGACGUCGAACCAUGCCAUUGUUCUGGCUCAGCUCUACACUCAGGGCCAGUGCAAAGGGCUGCAUGCCUUCAUUGUUCCCAUACGGCAGCUGGGCACCCAUGAGCCUUUGCCAGGUAUCACAGUGGGUGACAUUGGGCCAAAAUUUGGUUAUGAUGAAAUGGAUAAUGGCUACCUGAAAAUGGACAACUUCCGAAUUCCUCGGGAAAACAUGCUGAUGAAAUAUGCCCAGGUUGAACCAGAUGGCACCUAUGUGAAACCGCUCAGUGACAAACUAACGUACGGGACCAUGGUGUUCAUCCGAUCUCUCAUUGUAGGCGAUUCAGCUCGCUCCCUGUCCCGGGCUUGUACCAUUGCCAUCCGCUAUAGUGCAGUGAGACACCAGUCUGAGCUAAAGCCAGGGGAACCAGAACCCCAGAUCUUGGAUUAUCAGACUCAACAAUACAAACUCUUUCCUCUCCUGGCAACAGCAUAUGCUUUUCAUUUUGUGGGAGCCUACAUAAAAGACACCUAUCAUCGUAUUAGUGGAGACAUCCAUGAAGGGGAUCUGAGUGAGCUGCCGGAGCUCCAUGCACUGACAGCAGGGCUGAAGGCGUUCACUUCCUGGACUGCCAAUGCUGGUAUUGAGGAAUGUCGGAUGGCAUGUGGUGGGCAUGGCUACUCUCGAUGCAGUGGCAUUCCUGACAUCUAUGUCACGUUCACCCCGUCCUGCACCUACGAGGGAGAAAACACAGUCAUGAUGCUGCAGACAGCUAGAUUCCUUGUCAAAAGCUACACCCAAGUUAGUUCUGGGCAGCAGGUUACUGGCAUGGUGUCCUACCUUAAUGAUCUCUCCAGGCAACGCAUUCAGCCACAGCAUGUGGCUGCUAGGUCUGUGGCUGUGCGUAUCAAUGAUCCAGUCAGCUUGGUAGAGGCCUACAAAGCACGUGCUGCCCGGCUUGUAGAAGCUGCAGCAAAGAAUUUGCAAGCUGAACUGAACCACAGAAAGAGCAAGGAGGAUGCCUGGAACAGAACUUCUGUUGAUCUUGUGCGAGCAUCUGAGGCACACUGUCACUAUGUAAUAGUGAAGCUUUUCACAGCAAAGCUGGCUGAGAUUAGUAAUGCAGCUGUCCGUGCUGUCCUGACUGAGCUGUGUCUCCUGUAUGCACUGUAUGGGAUCAGUAAGAACACAGGGGAUUUCUUGCAGGCGGGUAUUCUGACUGAUGCCCAAAUUACUCAAGUGAACCAGCGUGUCAAAGAGCUCUUAGCUAUAAUUCGUCCCAAUGCAGUAGCGCUGGUAGACUCCUUUGACUUCCAUGAUGUUCAUCUUGGAUCUGUGCUUGGCCGGUAUGAUGGCAAUGUCUAUGAGAACAUGUUUGAGUGGGCAAAGAAAUCCCCACUAAACAAAACAGAGGUUCAUGAGUCUUUUCACAAACACCUGAAGCCAAUGCAAUCCAAGCUGUGAAGCCUGCUGUAUUUUUAAAAUGCACACUUUUUCUGACCUGAAAACUGGGUGUUUCCAUCCUUUCUUCAGGCACCUAAAUCAAACCUUUCAAUCCUGGUAGCUGUAGGACAGUGAAUUAUUGUAGCCUUUCUUUCCACUUCUAUAAAUCAAGGAGGUGUUUGGGGAGAGUGCAUAGGGAUUGAUGCCUGUUUUUAAAGUGCAAUUAUAAUGGUAAAAUUAACCUUUUAAAAAUCUGGGAAAGCUUUAUGGAUUCAUACAAGGAUUGCUUUGGUGAAGCUGCUAACUAGAGAGAAGUUACUGUCAACUGGAAAGGUAGCAAGAUUUUACUACUAAGUAGUUAACAGCCCUCAGGCAAUAGCUUCUAAUGAGCAGUUUUGUCCUGCAAAAAGCAUCAAUGUCUUGAUUUUUAUUUAUUUUUUUUUAAGAUUAGCACCACCUCUCUCCUUGUUUGGCAAAUAUUUAUGCUAUCUAAAGCCUCCUCCAUAGUUUUGUGCACAUGAAUCUGCAUGUGGCACUACUUUCCUGGUGUAGCUUUGAAGCUCCUUCUCUGGAGCUCUGUUUUAUUCAUCUUUCCAGAAGACAUCUUCAUGUUUUCCAAUACAUCCUUCUUUCACUGCCCUGCAGAAACUCCUUUUGCCUGUGUGCCAUCUUCAACACUGGCACCUUACUCUUUGUUAAUAGGAAGUGAAAGGAGAAUAUAGUGAUGCUGCUCUGAGGAAAAAAAACAACUAGUAAUAAUCAGCUAGGUGCUGAUAAUAGAUGUUCUGCCCUUCUUUUAACUGUUACUAUUUUCACAGCACUAUCUCAAAGCACUUUACGAAUGUUACUUAUGGUGAUUUGAUGUGAAAAACCACAUGUAGUGGUACAAACUGCAAAUUUGACCUGGAAUGAUGAAGCCAGUAUUUGAGGGCAGAAAUCAGUUGACCAAGGUCCUUGGGUCUUCAGAUUGUUCUGGGAUGUUCUUCUGGUUUUUAAAGGCAUUCUUCAAGAAAACGACAAUCCCAAGUGAAGUGUCCAGAUUUUUUUCCUACCCAUGUAUUUCCAAGGAGCUUUCUCUGAUUUGCUUAAUUUUGUUUUUAUAUUGACUUGGGACUUGCACAGUGCUGUCUGGAUUUAACAGGUGAAAGAUUUAGCUUUUAACAGAACCUCCUGGUGCCCAGUGAAAUCAGUGCAACUGCAACUAAGCAAAAUCGUUGCUGUUUUUCAACACCAAUAACUCUGUCCAGUAACAAUAAAACCUCUCUUCACAACAGAUAAGAGCAACUUUGAGCUUAAAAUGGUAAAAAGCUUCAACAUAAACCCAAAUCCUGCAGUUCUGAGGCAACAUCUGAGAAGCAGGUUCUCUGACAGCUUUGGUAUCUGUUAGUCUCUAAUUUUGGAUCACUUCUCAUGGAUGAGUUUUUCCUGGCACUAACAAUGAUCAGACACAACAUUUGGCUCCACACAUAGUAGCUGAACAGAAAGAAAUGUUUAAUUUUAAAUAAAAUAAUCAAACUUGCCUUUUGGCUGCUGAGUCUUUCAGGUUGAAUGGAACCAAUACUGUUCAGGAUACCAAAGGAGGCAAAGGGCUUUGCCUUCUGUUUAUUCAACAGAGCAGACUGCUGACCUGGGGAGGGA